AUGUCGACGCAUCGGCACGCUCAUAUGUUCGGGAAUGACAUACUAGGUUACCCGCACGUGGUACAAGAACCACUGGAAGGACGGCAUCGACCACAACUCUGACUCGGACAAUGAAGACGAAGCUCCCAACGACCGCAACGUCACCAUGAAGACAUUCUUCUCUAAGGGCCGCGCGAAAGGACCUUCUGAACGCUGGGCUGAGGUCCCCGAGAACAAGGCCCUCAUCCAACAGCACAUGGACCAGACGAAGGCUGUGGGACAGGGUGGACGGUUCGCGGCGACGCGCAAAGCGCUGUACGACAAGCUGCCACAAGAUGAGAAGGACCAUUGGGAGACGUUGGGUCCGCCUGAACCCUCCCCUGAGGAAGAGAGAGCCACAAUGGCUGCGAACCGUCGUAACCUGGCCCCCAAUUUCGUGGAGCUGUUCACCAGCCUGAUUGGCGUCGGCGUGCACUGCGUCGGCCCAGAUGCGGCUUUCUACGUCCGGUGGGCUGUUACGGAACCCAGCGGGGAAGUGGACAACAAGGAAAUGUAUGUUGGCCCCCACCCCCAAGGACAGAAUUUCCAGCAGUAUGCGCGUGGUCUUAUGGAGGAGUUGAACAUCAAAUGGCUCGGCUUUAUCGGAGACGCUUUCACGCAACCCAAGAUGGGUCUCGAACAUGGGAUCACGUACGUCAACGAUCGCCCCAUGCUCCCGGAGAGUCGGCCGGAGUGGAAUGGCCUCAAGAUGAUAGAAGUGUUGCUGAUAUACUUCCGAGCAACCUGGCUAUAUGCCCACCGAGGUGCGGGCGACGUGCCCGCACUGUCCGCCACGAUGAUUUCCGAGCACCUGAAGAGCUUGGAAUGGCCAGCUCCUGAUCUCAGCCAGGCGACGGGGGCAACCCUCGAGCAAGUCUACCCCUUGUGGAUCAAGAUCCGUUCGACGCAAGGCACCGAUGACGGGUUCACAUUCAUCCGCAAGGACGCGCAAAUGAUUGCGAAUGAGGCAACAGUCGCAAGCGUGCAAGCACCGAGAGAAGACGUGAAUCCGGCAAAUAACGCACGCACAAUGACAGACGGGCGCAAGGUCCGACGAAGGCCGAGCACAGUGCGGGUUGUGGAGUCAACUGACGAGGAAGACGAACUUGACGAAGACGAUGACGGGAUGAACUCCGCGUCGGUACGACUCAGGAGUCGCGCGCCAAGUCGCCUGGAGGGCAUCUCUGACACGGAUGACGAGACCACGAGCGGCGCUGCGGCUGCCAACGACAACGCGAGCGACGAGACUUCCGCGAAUAAAGCUACCACGGAUAAGGCUGCCGCCAACAACGAUAUCGUUGACAAGGGCACGAAUGGUGAUGCAGCCGCAGAUAAUGAUGUAGGCGAUGCGGAGAACGUGGCCAGGAAUGGUGUCGCCCCUCGAGCCCGUGCCAAGAAGCGAAAUAACCGACGUGAUGAACACAGUGCCGAUGAGGACACAGCAGUAAUGGCUGACGUACCUCCACUGAAGAAGUGCAAGACGACGGGAGGGCGUGGGGGAAAGGCUGACGGCUCAGAGAACAUAGUAACCGAGACAGACAGACAACCUCGCAUCCGCAAGCCCACACUCAAAGCAGUGGAAGCGGCAGGGUCGACCGCAUCACGGUCGUCAGCGGGCUCCUCGAGAUCAACCCGCCCAAAGGGCCACACGUCGGUCGCCUCGAAGUGAGUAUCGUUGUUUACUGCCCUCACAUUACUAACAAGUCUGACAGGCCCGCUAGCGGCCACAAAAAGCGUUGAUGCUCAGUGGCCGUCGUCGUGCUCGACUGCAUCCGCCGCUGGUAGGGUGGCUUUGUUACUGGAUUAGUAGAGUGGCUAUGUAGUGGCUUUGCUACGGAUUAGUCGUUGAUCUUCGGUGAUUUACGUAGUUUCAGGAGGCGGUUUCGUAGUGGAUUUGUAGUGGAUUUGUU